AUGGCGGACGAGCAGAUCUCGCUCUCCUCGCUCAUCUUUGUCGUCGUCAUUUCCGGCCUGGCGAUUAGGUAUUUCUUCUUCUCCGGAUCGACGGCGACGCAAACGGCACACAGACAAUCCCCACGCGAUGCCGCCAACGCUGCGAGGGCCAGAGAGGCUGCCGUCGAAAGGAUACAACAAAUGUUCCCGCAGGUUGACCGGCGGGCGAUACUGUGGGAUCUGCAGCGCACCGGGGGCAGCGUACAGGCCACGUCCGAGAGGAUCCUGAGUGGCAGAAUCGAAACGCCCCCAGUGACGUUUCAACCACCACCUCCGCCUAGCUCGCCGACGCCGCCGGCACAUGCCCCGAUUGCAAAGGCGCCAUCAAAGCCAGCAGAACCAGACUUGAUCACCCGAUACAAUCUGCAGAAUAAAGUAGAAGGAAGCGCAGAUGAUGCUGCAGACGGCAAAAAGGGAUGGAGCUCGAACCGCGAUGAACGUCAGUCUGCACUGCAACGGCGGCGAGACGAGAUGAUCCUCGCGGCCAGGAAGAAGAUGGAAGAGAAAAUUCGGGCAGAAAAAGAAGCUGGCCAGAGCGCGUGA